CCAGGCUUGCUGUUUCCCCCUCUUUCCAGUCUUUAUGCUAAGCUAAUUGCAUGUUGGCUCUAGCUUCAUAUUUACAGUUCAGAUGAGAGUGGUAUUGAUCUACCCAUGAAUGAAGAAAGAGCACAUUUCCCAAAAUGAUGAAGAAAAUCUUUGAAUAAGUGUAACUAUGUUGUAAUGCUUAAAAGUUAACUCACUUAAAUUUGUAAUUAUUUCUCUCUGCUGUAGGUGGUUCAUCAAUGAUUUCCAAGGCAACGAUUGAAGUGCUGACCUCUCAACCUGCUACUGCACAUGCUGUAUCAGCCACAGAGAAGCUCAUCAGCACUGGCCAAACCAAAAGUCUUCCAGAAACCAACAGCAACACACAACUAGACAUACGAAACCCACUGGCCCUGGACUCUCCUUCUCCUCUGACACCUCCUCUUCCUCCUCCACCUCCUCCUGCUGCAGACAGCCUUGAACUCCCUCCUCUGUCCCCUUCAGUCCUGCCCCCACCCCUGCCAGCCAAACCUUUUUCUACCUCCAGUCCUCCUCUUCCCCCAACACCGCCUCCAGCUGAAAGCCCCCAGCGUCCAACCAUGCUCAACCUAAAGACCCUGCCACGACCCACCGUGAAGGAGAAUGGUGGCCCCCCACUGGGGGUAGAUGAAGAGGAGGAGGAAAAGAAGAUGCUGGAGGAGGAUCUCAAGAAAUGCAUUGAGGACUUCAAAAAGAUCCGCUUGCCCAGAGAAUUUCCAGAUCGCAAAAGGCACUGGCAAAGUGACUUGCUUAAGAAGUACAAUGCAUAGAGUGUUUUGCUGUGGCAACACUGUCAACAAAUUUGAGGAUUUUAUAAAAAUGGCAAGAACGUGUUGUAAGCAGUUUCAUUCACGUUGCUCUGAUUCAAGCUGUGUGAAGAUUGUCAACAAGUUUACUUAAACCUCUAACAUCGUAGCUUUUGCAUGUCAGCAGAACUAAACAGUUUGAUUAAGUGUAGUAUUUAGGCUGAACUCGUCUAGCAAUCACACAUACACGAUUACAACAAUGAGGUUUGUCUUUUCCCAGCAUAGAAGAAAACAUCCCUAUAGUGAUUGUUAGUGACACUUCUUUUUCCAAAAAAGAGACACAGACAUUUGUAAUGGAGACAUUACAAACUACUUUGAAUUAUCUUCUCUUCACUCACUCAAAGGAUAAUAUAUGUAAUGUUGUUAAUAAGAGAUUGCUGCCCUGUUCUCUGUACUGUGUCCACUGAUCAAGCAACUGGAAAAAGUGUAAAACUUUAGGCAUUUGACCUUGCUGAUGCAAAAUAAAAGAAAUAAGUGAAA